CAACAAACACAUUUAGUUUUCAUUGAUUUAUCAUCAUCAUUAUUAUGCUAUGUAUAAAAGACAGUUACACACAGAGAGCUUGGAGUAAAAUAACAGAACAUUUAAUCCAGUUCAGUUCAUCAUGUUUUUAUUUAUUUAUUUAUUUUUUUUUUUAAAGUAACUGCACAUCAAACGUUGUGUUCAUGUCUUCUCUUUUCUGUAACCCCUCCCUCUGUUUCUUCUCUGCUAGACGCAGUUCUUUCUCUCCUUGUCACAUCUUCACAGCUUCCAUUCGGCAAAUCCAACAAUGACUCGUUUCCAUCGCUUUGAUUUGGGACAAAAACAUGACAUUUCACCAGAAACGCGACAGUGGAACAUCUCCGGGCGUUUUAAGGAUUAUUCAUGGUGAAAGGUGGCUGUCGCUGGCCUCUUUUGAUUUGCAUGUAAAGUAGGUGUCGCUGGUUAAAAACCUCAUAUUAUACAUGUACUUUCUUUUUGUUGUUGUUCUUAACUGUAUUCAAAUGUUUUUAUAAGCUCUUUCAAAAAAAAUGACUGUGUAACUUUUGACACACUAAGUCUGUCAGCUCCAUUCGACUCUAUUUGUGUUUCUCAGUAUAGUCAGUGCCGGACAGCAUUGCCGAGCUGCACACAGGAAGUGAAUUGUUUCAUGUCAACACAGGCAGUGGGAACAGCAAAGGUCAAAAGGUCAAUAGUAUUCAAUAAAUACUAAUAACAUAAAGUGAGAGGAAUACACGGGGAGAGUGAAAAGUUUCAGAAGGGAAUUUUACUGCCCUUCCGCCACUGCGCUACACACACAUUCCCUCAAUCAGGUCUGAUAGUAUUGCCUGACAUGAUGAAAAACACAUCAUACAAAUUAUAUUACAUGGUUUUUGCUCACAAAAACCCAAACGGAAGCAGAAUAAUAACAUCAGCAAAAACAAAAAAAUCACCAAACGUUACACACCGCAGCUUUAAGUUUGAAUUUUGUGUCUACAUACCAACAUAACCAUUUCCUCAGAAAUUGGAUUCUUCCUCAAUAGAAUCAGAAAAAGGUCCUAAAGAAGUCACAAAAUAGUAUAAAGUAUAAAAGUACAUGGGGAGAUGAGAUAGAGAGGAAACCAAGUGGACGUGCACCACCACUGUUCAGGUGCUGAGUUCUAGAAUGUGUGUGUGUUCCUGCCCCGAGGCUGUAGGUCACUGUCUGCUGACAGAUGAAUGGCUUGAAUGGCUUCAGCAGAAGAGGAGACGUGCACGUGUGUGCAGAGUCUUCAGAGCAUCGAGGUCGUUCCUUUGUUGUCUCACACGCUCUCACAGAUGAGACUGACAACAAAGGGGAUUUUAUCAGCGUGUUCUGGAAGGCUGAUCCAAUGAGACUCCACUGAAAUUAACCAAAUGUGUAAAUAGGUCAACAUCAUCUCCACCUGCACUGUUUCUGUGAUAUUUCUGCUUGUGUGUUCUCCUCCCUGAGAUGCAGCUGCGAGGAAAAGAGCCUUAUCUGUCUUCUCACCGCGCGGCCGAUGGGUCCACAUCUGUCCUGCAGCUUCGAGCCAAGGACGACCACAUGACCUGACGUGUCCUCCUGCAGACUUUCAUCCUCCCACCUGCCUCCUCAGUCUGAUGCAGUGAAAUCAGUGCUGUGGAUAUUAUGACGUAACGUCCUGACUUCAACUGCAGCAGCAGCAUGAAGUUUGGACGCCAUGGCUUCAGACCUGGUCUCCAUGUCCCCCAAUGUCACUGCAGCGGGGUCACCGGGCGUCGCUAUGGCGACCAGAACCUUACUGCUGCUCGUGUGUCUCCUGCUGGCUGCGUGGAGCCACACAGAGAGGAAAAGCGUCCCAGGUCCUUCUUUCUGCCUGGGUUUGGGGCCACUUCUGUCGUAUGUGAGAUUCCUGUGGACUGGUAUCGGCACAGCCAGCAACUACUACAACGACAAAUAUGGAGACAUCGUCAGAGUGUGGAUAAACGGAGAGGAGACGCUCGUAAUCAGCAGACCAUCAGCUGUGCACCACGUUCUGAAGAAUGGACUUUACUCGUCACGUUUUGGGAGCGAGCAGGGACUGAGCUGCAUCGGCAUGCACGAGCGAGGCGUCAUCUUCAACAACAACAUGACUCUGUGGAAGAAGAUUCGCUUCUACUUCACCAAAGCUCUCACAGGUCCAGGUUUGCAGAGGACAGUGGAGGUUUGUGUCUCGUCCACGCAGACUCACCUGGACGACCUGGACAGUCUGGGUCACGUGGACGUGCUCAGUUUGCUGCGCUGCACCGUGGUCGACAUCUCCAACAGACUCUUCCUGGGUGUUCCUGUCGAUGAGAAAGAGCUGCUGCAGAAGAUUCACAAGUAUUUUGACACGUGGCAGAGUGUGCUGAUCAAACCCGACAUCUAUUUCAAGUUUGCCUGGAUUCACCAGAGGAAUAAGAAAGCAGUCCAGGAGCUGCACGAUGCCAUCGGGGAUCUCGUAGAGCAGAAGAGGAGAGACGUGGAUCAGGCAGACAAACUGGACAACAUCAAUUUCACCACAGAGCUCAUAUUUGCACAGAACCACGGUGAGCUGUCAGCCGAGAACGUGACACAGUGUGUGCUGGAGAUGGUGAUCGCCGCUCCUGACACCAUGUCCAUCAGUGUCUUCUUCAUGCUGCUGCUCCUCAAACAGCAUCCAGACGUGGAGCUGCAGCUGCUGCGAGAGAUCGACACCGUUGUGGGUGAGAAACCAAACCUGAAAACACGACUACUACUAUAUCUGGCUCUGCCUCCUGCCUCUGCCCUGUCGAUCCACAGUGCGCCAGCUGGACGCUACCAGGAGAGGCCCCCGCAGGGAGAGGACGCAGCUCAAAGCCUAACUGUGCCCGCGUUGACAUUGUGGGGCCACGGGGUCGUCCCUAAAGCGCCACAAUCAAUGGAGAAGUCGUUACAUCAGUCACCGAACGACAAGCUGGGUCACCUCGCUCCAACAGGCAGCCCCAGGGGAAGCAGAGUGCCCCCCAACACCACCACCACCACCACCUCCACCACCACACCCCCCUAA